AUGCGGAAAUUUCUGGCGAAGGCUACCAUUCUCGCAAGGAUGGCGGCCAUUAGGCUUAAUCGCCCUCUCGCGGCGGCUGGCAAGGAUGACAAAAUGUCACUAGAGACGUCACUACGUGCAACGGCGCUCUUGCAUAAGGUGGUACCGAUACUAGAAACUGCUCAGGUGCUGAACCACAAGCGGCCAGUAGCCUCGGUAGGGCGUGCGAAUUGCGAUGUGGGUGCCGAGGCGACCGGUGGAACAAGUGGCAUACCAACGCAGGUGAAACUUAAACCGAUUGAAAAGUGCCACAACGUCCGUGAACAGGAGUGGCGCGUGCUCCGACCCGGCAAGGAGCGUGAAACUAGGCACCUGCGUUGGCGCAAGUAA